ACACAGUAUAAAAAGACGAGGCAAUCUGGGAACUUCCUCCACAGUCCACAUACACAGAAACAGAGCUAUCAAGCAAACCCCAGAAUGGCGAAUCCGAAAAAGGUCCUCUUGUUAUGCGGUGAUUAUGUCGAGGAUUACGAGGUUAUGGUUCCGUUCCAAGCACUACUGGCUUUCGGAGUGGCCGUUGACGCCGUUUGCCCCGGCAAGAAAGCCGGCGAUAUUUGUCGCACUGGUAUUCAUCAGCUUGGUGCUCACCAGACAUAUUCUGAGUCCCGGGGGCACAACUUCUCUCUCAAUGCAACUUUUGAUGAAGUUGAAGCGGGCAAAUAUGAUGGAUUGGUCAUCCCAGGAGGACGUGCCCCGGAAUAUCUGGCUAAUGACAAAUCUGUCCUGGAGUUGGUUAAGAAGUUUGUGAGCUGUAAAAAGCAAAUUGCUUCUAUUUGCCAUGGACAGUUGAUCUUGGCUGCAGCAGAUGUAGUCAACGGCCGAAAGUGUACUGCUUUUCCUCUAGUGAAGCCUGUACUUAUAGAUGCUGGUGCACAUUGGGUAGAACCAGAGACAAUGGCCUCGUGUGUUGUUGAUGGAAAUUUAAUUACCGGGGCAACUUAUGAAGGGCAUCCUGAGUUCAUCCGGCUUUUUGUCAAGGCACUCGGGGGCAACAUAACCGGUUCUGGCAAAAGAAUUCUAUUUCUCUGUGGGGAUUUUAUGGAAGAUUAUGAGGUGGCGGUUCCUUUCCAGUCCCUCCAAGCACUUGAGUGUCAAGUCGAUUCUGUUUGUCCCAAGAAAAAAGCAGGCGAAAAAUGCCCAACGGCUGUUCAUGACUUUGAAGGUGACCAAACAUACAGCGAGAAGCCCGGUCAUGACUUCGUCCUAAAUUCUAGUUUUGAAGAUGUUAGCGCCUCGAGUUAUGAUGGGCUUGUUAUUCCUGGUGGCAGAGCCCCAGAAUAUCUGGCACUGGACAAUGAAGUUAUCAAAUUGGUGAAGGAGUUCAUGGAAUCUAAGAAACCUGUUGCAUCAAUCUGCCAUGGCCAACAGAUACUCGCUGCUGCAGGCGUUCUCAAGGGUAAGAAGUGUACUGCAUACCCCGCGGUAAAACUCAACGUGGUUCUUGGAGGGGCGACAUGGUUAGAGCCAGAGCCGAUAGAUCGUUGCUUCACUGAUGGAAAUCUGGUGACAGGCGCGGCUUGGCCAGGCCAUCCCGAGUUUAUUUCUCAGUUCAUGGCGCUGCUUGGAGUGCGCGUAGUGUUCUAAUUUUGCAGUAUGCGUUCUGUGAUGUCUCAUAUCUCCUUACCUUUACAUGAACCCAAAUAAAAGAAGGGAUAGUGUGAACUUUCAAUGCCACGCCUGUGUCUGUCUGUAACAAAAGAAUAAAACAUUUUGGUUUUGGUGUUACUUUGUGUUUGUUUUAUGUUUCUUUGAA